UUACUGUAUUGUACUGUGAAUCUCUGGAGGGGGGCUGCAAAAAAAAUCUACUAUUCUUACUGAGGUUCACACCCCCAUUUUUACCAGAUUUGACUCCAGAUUGCUUUUUAUCUGGUCACAGGACCUAUAUGUCUCUUUGAUUCGCAUAUUUAGUUUGUUUUUGUUUUAGUUUAUGGUUUGGUUUUUUAACAAUCCGGGAGGGCAGAAAUGGCGGCCAACAUGUACCGGGUCGGAGAUUAUGUCUUCUUUGAGAAUUCUUCAAGCAACCCCUAUCUGAUCAGGAGGAUAGAGGAACUGAAUAAGACGGCAAGCGGCAAUGUCGAGGCAAAGGUGGUUUGUUUCUACAGGAGAAGGGACAUCUCACAGAGCCUCAUCCAGCUAUCUGACAAACAUGCAAAGGACCUGGAAGAAGAGAAGGAAAGCCCCUCAGAGACAGAGCUCUCCGAAAAACAGAAGCAUCAGCUCCGCCACAGAGAGCUUUUCCUUUCACGUCAGUACGAGUCACUCCCCGCAACACACAUUAGGGGGAAGUGCAGUGUGGCCCUCCUGAACGAGACUGAGGUUGUGCUCUCCUACCUGGAGAAAGAGGACACAUUUUUUUAUUCAUUGGUGUACGACCCCACACAGAAGACGCUAUUGGCUGACAAGGGGGAAAUUCGUGUUGGUCCUCGCUUUCAGGCUGAUGUCCCUGAAAUGCUACAGGAAGGAGAACCCGAUGAAAGGGACCAGUCCAAAAUGGAGGUGAAGAUGUGGGACCCAGAGUGUCCUCUCACCAACAAGCAGAUUGACCAGUUCCUGGUGGUGGCUCGAGCGGUCGGUACAUUUGCUCGAGCAUUGGACUGCAGCAGUUCCGUCAGACAGCCUAGCUUACACAUGAGUGCCGCAGCAGCUUCAAGAGACAUCACACUGUUCCAUGCAAUGGACACCCUGCACCGGCACGGCUAUGACCUGUCCAGUGCCCUGAGCGUGCUGGUUCCUCAAGGAGGACCCGUGCUGUGCCGGGAUGAGAUGGAGGAGUGGAGCUCAUCAGAAGCGAACAUGUUUGAAGAGGCGCUGGAGAAAUACGGCAAGGACUUCAACGACAUCCGGCAAGACUUUCUUCCAUGGAAGUCCCUGACCAGCAUCAUCGAGUAUUAUUACAUGUGGAAAACCACUGACAGAUAUGUUCAACAGAAACGACUGAAGGCAGCUGAAGCAGAGAGCAAACUGAAACAAGUCUACAUCCCCACAUACAAUAAACCCAACCCUAACCAGAUCUCUGUCAGUAACGGCAAGAUGGCAACUAUGAAUGGCGCAACAGGCACAGGCAGUUUCCACACAGCCGGAGGCGGCCGCGCAUGUGAGAGCUGUUUUGCUGUACAAUCUCCUCAGUGGUUCUCUUGGGGUCCUCCUAACAUGCAAUGUCGUCUGUGCGUAUCCUGCUGGAUGUACUGGAAAAAAUAUGGUGGACUGAAGAUGCCAAGCAGAGCCGAGGGGGUAGAAGAAAAAAUGCCUCCAAGCCCUGCACCCAACGAGUCACGUUCUCGUGGCCACGGCCCCCGUCAGUCUUCCCACAUGGUUCCGAUGAGGAACAGCGGCAGCCCCAAAUCCUCCAUGAAGACCAAGCAGGCGUUCCUGCUGCAGGCCACACGCCUCACCAAGCUGGCACGUCACAUGUGCCGUGAUCUCAUCAGGCUGCGCCGGGCUGCGCGCCGGCCCUUUGUGCCCAUUAACUGUGGCGCCAUAAAGGCGGAGUAUAUGAUCCGGGUGUCAGAGGGCAUGACAGGGCGACCUAUGAAGCCCAAAUCCUCCCCAAGGAGCACCCUGACCAGCGUCCUGCAGUUUCUUGAGUCUCAUCCAGCACCUCAUGUUCAACGGCCUCACCGUACCCCUGGCCUGCAGGUGCAGCCCCCACGACGCCUGCUCUCCUCUCUUCCCAGCCAUGGUCCAUUGGGCAUGUUGGGAAAACGGAGCUACCAUCACCAUAGCAGGGUCGAGUCCACAGAGAGGAGGGUUGGUGCACCAGGACAAGAUAACUCAGCUCAUAUUCUGGGACCCAUUCUGCAGCACAAUGGAAGUAGUACUGGCAGCUCCAACCUUCGUGCCAGUGGCCUGAUGCUACGUAAAAGACGACCCAACUGGAUUGAUGCCCCGGAUGACAGUUUCUUUCUAGUUUCCCGAGAGACAAGGAAAGCCAGGAGGCUGCUAUCCCGUUCACAGUUAAGAAGAGCGUGUAGACAACCAUGUGAGCAGAUCAGCCUGCGUAGAGUCCCUCAGGGGCCAGCGCAGAUACCUGUACUGGCACCCCCUCACCCCAGUUUACGGAUGCGAGGCCCAAUUGUGAUCCAUGACUGACUCAAGGCUGCAUUGCUACCACAGCCUUUUCUGUCAGUUUUUCAUCUGCUGCCACAUUCUGCACUGCAAAGGCUGAUAAAAAGCUUCUAAUUCCUCUUAUUCUAAUUCUUGUACAUUUGCUUCCUCUUCUGGACAAAAGGCUCCAAUGCACAUAAUAAUAAUGCAUUUAAAUAAUAACUCCACUUAAAUCAAACAUCACAGAUCACAGCUUCUACUU